AUGAAAUCAACCAAUAAUCCCGAGGUCACUGUCGGAGUUGACCAAUCCGCAGCAGCAAAGACAAGAGAAUUGGCGAGUGAGACGGUGUCGAGGGCCAAUGAAGCGAACUUGCGCGAUGACCCCGACGCAAAGGCCAAGUUUCUGGAGACUUUUACAGCCGAUGAAGCCAAGAAAAUUCCGAGAAAGCUGGACAGAAAAUUCUUCAUUUUGAUUGGGUUUAUUAUGUUUGAAGCGGGGAUGUUUCCUGGCGUCAUGGCCCAGCUUUCAUCAUGGUACCGAACAGACGAGAUGGGAAAACCAAUCGCGUGGUUCUUCACUAUCCAGAUGUUCGCCAACAUCAUCGGCUCAUUACUUUGCUAUGGAAUCUCAUACAUGGAUGGGGUGUGUGAGUUGAGUGCCUGGCGUUGGGUGUAUCUCAUCGAAGGCGUCGCAACCAUCUUCUUCGCGGCCAUCGUGUUCGCAGUCCUGCCGGACUAUCCGAAGUCUCAGAGAAGCAACAAAUGGCUCACCCCAAGAGAGCAAGAGUUCAUCGAGGCGCAACUACCUGAGAAUGCCCCGUUGACUAACGAUCCAAACUUCUCCAAGAAGGAAAUUGUCAGCACGCUCACGUCUCCGCUCAUCUGGUCCUUCGUGCUCUCACAGACGCUGGUGAAUUUCGGCGGGUAUUCGUUGACUUGGUAUUUGCCCACCAUUGUGACGAACCUAGGAUUCACAGCAUUGCCAAAGAAUCAAUUGCUCAACAUUCCUCCUGUUGUUGCGGCAAUAUGUGGCCUCAUAUUCUCGGCUUGGUUCUUGGGAAGGGCAUGUAUCGUUCGUCCCCUGUACAUUAUGUUCAUCAUGACCGGAAUGGUGAUCUGUUUCGUACUAUUCUUCACCCUGACAAGCAAGGUCGGAAUCUAUAUCGCCACCAUCCUCGGCACACUAUUAUACCAGAGCUACUUCAUCCCCUUUUGGUCGUGGCGAUCCGCAACCCUGCGCGUAUCAACGGGCACUGCUUUCACAAUCGGUCUGCAAAGUGGGGUAGGACAGCUGGGGACCGUGAUUGCACUGCAGCUGUUCCAGUCCAAGUGGGCAUAUAACGGGUACAAGAACAGCUUCACUAUUGCCGCUGCAGGUAUAGUGGCCGCGUUCUUCGCGAAUCUAUGGACCUGGUGGCUUACGCGGAACACUGAGUACGAUGUCAUGAGAGUUCGGAGACUGGUUAGGAAAGCGCAGAGGGAGGGGAAGGUUUUCCACGGGGAAGAUCUUAAGGUUUUUGAGGAAAGAAAGUUUUAUGACGGGGUGAGGAGAAGGGUGGAUGGAGAGACUGACACUGUGUGAAAUAAGUCGCUAUCCAUCAGCCAUUGUUCGAUGGGGUAAAUGGGUAUCACCUAG